AGAUUUGAGAGCACUCUAGCAUCUCCUUGGGGUGCUUUCCUCUUUCUUCAAUUAGCUCCAACAAGCAUCAUGAGGUUUCUAAGGAGUUCUACCACACCUUUUGAUGCCUCCGAAGAAGAAGUGUACCCACAAGGCCAAGAAGGCAGAGCUGGUUUUCCUUGAGAGGCCACGGGCAGGACCCAUCCAUUGUUAUGAAACUCCACUGUAUUCGGCUGAGAAUCCCAGACGUGUGCCUACAAAACCUGUGGACAAGAACACCUCUGCUGCCUGGGUGUGCCCACAAUUUGACACAACUAAGUCAGUGGUGUUGAAGGCAUGCCAGAAGAAGCAUCGUGGUCCUCACAAGCCCCAUAAUCAGGAUGCCAACCACAGUUCAUUUCACGCAGGAGGAGCUUGUCGAGGAGCAGUAGCCUGCAGAUUUCCUCCUUUAACUUUUGAGAAUCCAGAAGGACAUGCAGUCCCUCCACUGGAUGAUCCAAAUCUCUUGAGAAAAAAUGCACAAUGCUCUCACAACCAGCCUAAGAAAGGGACAACAGAAAACGCCAACAUCCAAGGGAAGAGUCCAGAGAAUUGUGGAGAGCCCGCUCCCCGGGUUGCGGAGCAAGAAGUUCUUCCUCCACCAUAUGCAGAGGCUGCACAUGUUCCUUCCCCAAGGAAUGAGAGAUGCAGCAACGGUCUAUCACAAAGUACUUAUGCUUGGCAUCCAGAGAAUGAGCUGGCAUUUGGUAUUGAUCCCUGUGGGAGAGGGGAGGCGGCAGCAGCAGUACUGGUUACAGAUACUCCUGAGCACGAGUAUGGAAUAAAGGUCACCUGGAGACGGCGGCCUCACAUAAUGAAAUAUCUGCGGGAGCAAGGGAACCUGAGCGCUGCGGACAUCCUGGUGAAGGCAAACAUGGAGCUCUCGAGGGGACAGGCCCACUCCUGACCUGGCGGGAGAAGCCGCUGUGCUGCGUGCAAGAA